CAAAAAGGGCGAGGAGCGGAAAGCCAGCCAAAAGCGCGAGUCAGUGGGUGUCGAAGAGAGUGAGUGAGAGAAAAGGAGGGUAAGGGUGGAAGGAAAUCGGCCGAGCCCCCGCCCUUUGCCGGGAGAGAUGGAAAGGUCCUGGGUUUCUCUUUGGGUGCUGCUGCUGCUCCUCUCUCAGUGGGCUUCAGCCGUAGUAGAAGAUGGCUUGCUAAACAAUGGAGAUUUUGAGACGCCGCCCACCCGGGGAUUCCCGAAUCCCAGGCUUGCCGCCGGUGAGGACACCACCUCCCUCCCCGGCUGGACCAUCAACGGCACCGUCGAGCUCAUCGAGUCCGACCAGCGGCAAGGUGGUAUGAUCCUGAUCGUCCCUCAAGGCAAACAUGCAGUGAGGCUGGGGAACGAGGCGGAGGUGUCUCAGGACUUGGAGCUCGAAAAGGGGUCGACGUACUCGGUGACGUUCAGCGCGGCGAGGACCUGCGCGCAGCUGGAGGCGCUGAACGUGUCGGCGGCGGGAGCGGCGGCGGCGGCGGUGGACCUGCAGACGCUGUACAGUGUCGAGGGGUGGGACGCCUACGCGUGGGCGUUCCAGGCGCAGCAGGAGGAAGGGGCGGAGGCAAGGCUGGCGUUCAAGAAUCCGGGGAUGGAGGAGGACCCCACCUGUGGACCCGUCAUCGACAACAUCGCCAUCAAGAAGCUCUUCACACCCGAUAGACCUGAAGACAAUGCUGUGAUCAAUGGCGACUUCGAGGAAGGCCCGUGGGUGUUCCCCAACGCCACCCUUGGUGUCCUCCUCCCCACCAACCUCGAUGAGGAGACCACCUCGCUCCCUGGCUGGAUCGUCGAGUCCAACCGGGCGGUCCGCUACAUCGACUCCUACCACUUCAACGUACCCCAGGGCAAGCGUGCCAUCGAGCUCCUCUCAGGCAAGGAAGGCAUCAUCUCCCAGAUGGUAGAGACCACCCCACAGAAAAAAUACGGCCUCACCUUCACACUGGGGGAUGCUGGAGACUCCUGCCAGCUCCCCCUAGCUGUAAUGGCCUUUGCCGGAGACCAGGCUCAGAACUUCCACUACUCCCCCAUGGGCAAUGCCACCCGCCAACCUGCCAACCUCACCUUCACAGCCCGUGCCGAAAGGACUCGCGUUGCAUUCUACAGUGUGUAUUACAACACAAGGAGUGACGACCGGAGCUCGCUGUGUGGGCCGGUGGUGGAUGAGGUGAGGGUAUGGGGGGUGUCUGCUUCAGCUCGGUUAAAUGCUCGUGGUUUGAUUGUGUUUCUUCUCGGAAUGGCUGUGCUUUUCGUCUUGGUUCUGAAUUAGAACUAAUGUUGGCGAGAUGGGUCUGCCUUAGCUCUUUUGGUGGUGAUGAAAGAUCUCCAAUGGUAACUUCUGAGAUAGCAUGUCAUGAGCUGGAUCACUUCAAAAACAAGUUGAUCUUUUGAUGUAGGUAGCAGAGCCAUGUAAUAUUUUGGCUCUGUCUCUUUUUUUAAGCAAUAUAUAUAUAUAUAUAUAUAUAUAUUAUAAUAGCUUGCUUAA